UCCGAGCCUCAGUUUUCAGUCGGGCCGUACUCGAUCCGACCGGAAAUGCGGCGGGUUACCAAGGAGACGGAGCAGCUGGCCAUGGCGGAGAACAGUUACAGCAUCAGACCGCCCUUUCAGCAGAGGUUCAAGCCGGCUAUUGUUAAAGGGAAGAUCAACACUGUGCUGAAGGAGGAGCUAACCAACAAGCUUUAUGAUCCAGAAGCUGUUCCCAUCCUGACACAGAAGAUCGCAGAAAUGAUAAAAGCCCAAGUGAAAGAGUGUGCUUUCGAGCGAUAUAAGCUGGUGGUGCAGGUUGUCAUUGGUGAACAGAGAGGAGAAGGAGUGAAGAUGGCUGCGCGUUGCUUCUGGGAUGCCGACACGGAUAACUUUGCAGAAGCAGUGUUCAUGAAUGACAGCCUGUUCUGCGUUGCUGCUGCCUUUGGCUGCUACCACUAUUAGGAAACCAGGACAUAAUCAGAGCUGGUGCGAACCUUUCUGCAUGAAAAUAUUAUUUUUAUACAUCUGUAAAAUAAUGUACCAUAAAUAAAGGAAGAUACAGUGACUGUG